GUGUUCGUCUUCUAUCUGGCCAUGGCGCCACCUUUCAGUCACCAUGGUGGCAUACAACAGAUCGGCACAGUGGGAGCGGCGGUGGAGCUGACGCGCAUCGCACUUUUCCGAGAGUCCGAAAGCCGAGCACCAUGUUUCGUCCGUGAGUGGCUCGGCCUCUGAAAAAAACAAAACAAAGGGAAAACAAAAAAAUGGGCACCGAUUUAUUGUCGGCGGGUUAGGCUUUCGAGCCCCACUGCCCCCUCCUUUUUGUCUUUCUUGGUCGCAACUAGCAGAAUGGCGUUGGUGAACAGUACAUAAAAAGGGAGGCGAACUGAGUCAAGAGCAAGUUCGGCGACUCUUGGUUGUCGCUCGACCGAGCACCAGACAGAAGCCAGGAAUCCAAGCCGGGGCAGAGUGCUCGUAAGGAGGUUGAAGAAGGGUCCGUUGGCCAGGGGUUCCGGGGCACUCCCAAAGCCUCCAGCCCCGUUCGUCUCUUCGGGCAGACGGCCAAGCGGGUCUCGGAUCCCGGAGGAGGAGGCGGCUUUUCUUGAUCUUUCUGUUCACCCUGUCUUCUUUUUGGAGAUAAAUUGACAUCCUGAACAGGAUUAAAACGCAGUCCACUUCCAAGACGAUGAAAAUGGCGUCCUAUGUGGAUAACAGCUUUCGGGAGGCGGUGAUGAUGAACCCGGCGGACAGGACGCAACAGGACCUGGAGAUCGUCUACUCCUACCUCCAUGGCAUGGAGGCCUUGUCCAACCUGCGGGAGCAUCAACUCAGGAUCAUGUGCGAGACGGUGCGCUAUGAGAGACAUGAAGCCAACGAAGUACUCUACUACCCUGACGACAUUGGAAGCUGCUGGUAUAUCCUUUUGUCAGGUUCCGUGUUCAUCAAGGAAUCCAUGUUCUUGCCCAGGAGCAGUUUUGGCAAGAGAUCGGCAGGCAGCCUGAGGCGUGGAUGUGAGUGUAUAGUCCUGGAACCCUCAGAGAUGAUUGUGGUGGACUAUAUGGAUGAGAAUGAGGAGUACUUCCAGAGACAAGCCUCGCACCGCCAAUCCCGCCGCCGCUUCCGGAAGAUCAACCAGAAAGGGGAGCGGCAGACCAUUAUCGACACGGUGGAUCCGUACCCUGCCGGGAAGCCGCCCAUAGCCCGGGGGUACCACACGCUGCCCGCAGACUUCAGCCGACUUCACCUGGCCGACGGCUUACACCCACAGGUGACGCACGUGUCCUCCAGUCACUCGGGGUGUAGUAUCACCAGCGACUCCGGAAGCAGCAGCUUGUCCGAUAUUUAUCAGGCCACCGAGAACGAACCAGGCGACAUGGACCUGAGCGGCCUGCCUGAGACGGCUGUCGACUCUGAAGAGGACGACGACGAGGAGGACAUCGAGCGAGCGUCGGACCCCCUCAUGAGCCGGGACAUUGUUCGAGACUGCCUGGAGAAGGACCCCAUGGACAGGACGGACGAUGACAUAGAACAAUUACUGGAGUUCAUGCAUCAGCUGCCAGCCUUUGCCAACAUGACCAUGUCGGUACGGCGUGAACUGUGCGCUGUCAUGGUCUUUGCCGUGGUUGAGCGCGCCGGUACCAUUGUUCUCAACGACGGCGAGGAGCUCGAUUCUUGGUCAGUGAUCUUGAACGGCUCGGUGGAGGUGACAUACCCCGAGGGGCGCACGGAGAUCCUGUGCAUGGGCAACAGUUUCGGGGUGUCGCCCACUAUGGAGAAGGAGUACAUGAAGGGGGCCAUGAAGACCAAAGUGGACGACUGCCAGUUUGUGUGCAUAGCCCAGCAGGACUACUGCUGCAUUCUGAACCAGGUGGAGAAGAACAUGCAGAAGGUGGAGGAGGAAGGUGAGAUCGUCAUGGUCAAGGAACACCGAGAACUGGAUCGAACUGGCACCAGGAAAGGACACAUUGUCAUCAAGGGAACUUCGGAGCGACUGACCAUGCACCUGGUAGAGGAGCACUCAGUGGUGGACCCCACCUAUAUCGAAGACUUCCUUUUGACGUACAGGACCUUCCUGUCCAGCCCCAUGGUGGUCGGCAAGAAGCUGCUGGAGUGGUUCCAUGACCCCAGUCUCAGGGAUAAGGUGACACGGGUGGUCUUGCUGUGGGUGAACAACCACUUCAAUGACUUCGAGGGUGACGCCGCCAUGACUCACUUUCUGGAGGAGUUUGAAAACAACCUGGAGAGAGAAAAAAUGUGCGGCCACCUGCGGCUAUUGAACAUCGCGUGUGCUGCCAAAGCUAAGCCCCGCGUGGUGACGCUGACGAAAGCAUCCAGAGAGGCUGACCUCGCCUUCAGCCUGCUGGGAGGACAAGACAAAGGCUUCAGAGUCUUCAUCGACACUGUGGAGGCUGGGAGCAAGGCGGCAGAGGCAGGGCUCAAGAGAGGGGAUCAGAUCUUGGAGGUGAAUGGACAGAACUUUGAGAAUGUCCAACUCAGUAAAGCCAAUGAGAUACUGAAGAACAACACACACUUGUCCAUAACUGUGAAAACCAACCUUUUAGUCUUUAAAGAGCUGCUAACCAGGCCCGAGCAGGAGCUCCACAGCGACGUCGACGGUGAAGACGAGCAUGACCGGAAGAAUGGCGCGCCACACCUGCCCAAGAUCGGCGACAUCAAAAAAGCCAGCCGCUACUCCAUACCUGACUUGGCGGUGGAUGUGGAGCAAGUGAUGGGCCUGGAGAAGGCUAGCAAGAAGGUCAAGAGCAACUCUGUGGGCGGACGCAAUAAGCUCAAGAAAAUAUUUGACAAGACGCUUACCAGCAUCCUGCCUCCCAAACACCCUUACAACGAUGUGUGCGUGGGCCAAUCGCAGGAUGACAGCAUUGUGGGCAUGAAGCAGUCCAAGCAGAUCCCACCGGCGCUGCCCGUCAGCAGCAACUUAUCCUCGUCCAACCCCGACCUGCUUCAGUCCCACCACCGCAUCCUCGACUUCAACAACCAGCCUGUGCCGGUCAACCUAAAUAUGUCCGACCAGGUGCUGCGGGUUUUUAAGGCAGACCAGCAGUCGCGUUACAUUAUGAUCGGCAAGGACACCACGGCCAAGGAGGUGGUGACCCAGGCCAUCCGAGAGUUUGCUCUGACGGCCGCACCCGAGGCCUACUCGCUGUGCGAGGUGUCGGUCACACCUGAGGGUGUCAUUAAGCAGAGGCGGCUGCCUGACCAGCUCUCCAAGCUGGCGGACAGGAUACAGCUGAGCGGCAGGUACUACCUGAAAAGCAACAUGGAGACGGAGACACUGUGCUCGGACGAGGAGGCCCAGGACCUCCUACGCGAGGGCCAGAUUUCUCUGCUGCAGCUCAGCACAGUGGAGGUGGCCACACAGCUGUCCAUGCGCGCCUUCCAACUCUUCUGCGCCAUCGAGCCCACCGAGUACAUCGACGACCUGUUCAAGUUGCGCCCCAGGUUAUGCGCCGCCACCAGCCUCAAGCGAUUCGAGGAGGCCAUUAACCACGAGACCUUCUGGGUGGCCACCGAGGUCACACGGGAGCCCAACCAGCUCAAGCGCAUGAAGACCGUCAAGCACUUCAUCAAGAUUGCACUGCACUGCCGCGAGUGCAAGAAUUUCAACUCCAUGUUUGCCAUCAUCAGCGGUUUGAACUUAGCUCCUGUCUCUCGCCUUCGAGGAACUUGGGAGAAGCUGCCCAGCAAGUAUGAGAAGCUCUUUGGCGACCUGCAGGAUUUGUUCGACCCCUCCAGGAACAUGGCCAAGUACCGAAACGUCCUCAACAGCCAGAACUUGCAACCGCCAAUCAUCCCGCUCUUCCCCGUCAUCAAGAAGGACCUCACCUUCCUCCAUGAAGGUAAUGACUCCAAAGUUGACGGCCUGGUGAACUUCGAGAAGCUGCGAAUGAUCGCCAAAGAGAUCCGCCAUGUGGGCCGCAUGGCCUCGGUCAACAUGGACCCCAACCUCAUGUUCAGGACAAGGAAGAAGAAGUGGAGAAGUUUAGGCUCCCUCAGUCAAGGCAGUGCCAAUGCGGCCGUGCUGGACGUGAACCAGACGGGCGGCCACAAGAAGCGCGUGCGGCGCAGCUCCUUCCUCAAUGCCAAGAAGCUGUACGAGGAUGCCCAGAUGGCACGCAAGGUCAAGCAGUAUCUGAGCAACCUCAGCCUGGAGACCAACGAGGAGAGCCUGCAGACGCUCUCGCUCCAGUGCGAGUCCUCCGUCAGUACGCUGCCCAAGAACUCGGGGGUCCGUCGCGCAGACACGUCCCCCGUGGUGUCCAGAGCAGCCAGCCAGCAGAGGGGACAGCUGGCCAAAGGCUCCCAGGCCCUGCAGGUGCCCGCCGUGGCCCUGUACCCGUCACGGAAGAAGGUGCCCGUCAAGGACCUGCCUCCCUUUGGCACCAGCUCCCCGCAGUCUCUGAAGAAGAUCCUAUCUCUGUCGGAAGAGGCCAGCGAGCGUCAUCGCAGGCAUCCUGACGAUUCCACGGUGUCCAACGCUUCGUCUCAGCUCCCCUCGCCGCCUGGCUCCCCGCAGAGCUCCCCCAAGAAAGGUUACAACCGUAUGGGCGACUCAUACUCAUACUCGGACUGCAGUCAGAGUGAAAUGUCGUCUCGCUCCAGCCUUCUCAGUAACUUGUCCUUUGAGGACGAGCGGCGGUUGAGGCAUUCGGGGGGCGUCGCCGAGUCCCAUGUGGGGGGAGCACGCCUAGAACGGCGAGCCGCCACCGAUCCCGAUCAGUACAGCCUCGGGUCGUAUACGUCGAUGCAGGACUGCCGGGGUAUCUACGCGGGCUGCCCCACGGUGCUGUCGUCCCCCAGCUCUGAGGAGCUGACCCAGGAUCAGGGCGAUCGUGUGUCGCUGGAUGCGGCCGACAGUGGGCGUGGCUCCUGGACAUCCUGCUCGUCCGGUUCCCACGACAACAUCCAGACCAUGCAGCAGGGCCGCAGCUGGGAGACGUUGGCCUUUGGCGGGGGGCUUCCGCCCGCUGGCGGUCCGGAGGCCCUGCUGUGGGCAACGCAGGCGCGGGGCAGUUGGGCGUCGGUCGGCUCCUCGUCAUCGUCGUCCGCCGCCUACUGGGGUGAGGACUCGGAGGGAGACACAGGCACCAUCAAGAGGCGCGGCGGCAAGGAUGUCAACGCCGACCCCGAGACCAGCAGCAUCACAUCCACCGGGUCCGAGGACGCCAAGCAGAUGGGGCGGCCCUCGCCCUCGCCCAUCACUGCCGCCUGUAAAGGACUCCUCUCCCGGAAAGAGGGGCGGUAUCGCGAACCUCCCCCGACGCCACCCGGCUACACGGCGCUGACCAUCUCUGAACUGGCGGAUGGCCAGACGCCGUCCCCUCCGGGCCUCAAUUCGACCAUGUCCGUGACGACAACGCCGUCGAGCCGCCGUCCACCCGACUACACCACGGCGCUGCAGCGCUCCCGCAUGGUCACACAGUCCCCUGACUCGGAGGCCCACCAAACGACGUCCAAGCAGAGAGGCAACGGCCUCCGGCGUGGCCGAAACGACGAAGAGGACGACGAGGCGCCGGCGGAAGAGGAGGAUGAGGAGGAGGGUGAGUCUCCUAAACUUGUCGCUCUGAGGAAGCCGAGGGCGCAGCGUACACCCCGGCCCCCCUGGCCAUGACCGUGUGUGAACCCCUUCCACCCCAUAGCAGAUGACGAGCAGGUGUCGGCUGUCUGAGGCAAAAAAAAAAAAUCUCUUCGCCGUCCCUCCAAGCGACCAAUAGACUCUCAUCAUCAAGCUACGUACGUGCCUGCUCUGCCUCCUGAUUGGUGGAUUCCUCCUGUUGGCUCCCCCGCGCCUUAAAGCAUUAUGGGGGUUGACGGACCCUGCAUGCAAAAAAACUCAAGAAAAUACUGUGAAGAAGAUGAUGAUGAUGAUGCGGUGAAAGAUGACAAGCCUGGCACUUUUUGGACAAUAUAAAGACAUUUUUUUAAAAUGAAAACAACAAUGCUGACAUCCAUCUGCACUAAAAAGUACAACUAAAAAAAUCACAAGCAGCAGACAUUUUGAGGACUCUUUAAUCAAAGUCUUUUGCACUCCUGACCUGCUCUCCAGGAGAUCGCAAGGAACAAUGACGCCAGUAUUAACAUACACAAAAACAAAAAGGACAACACACACACACACACAUUUGACGAGCACUUUCAGCACAAAAUCUAGUGGACGCCAAGCUCGUGGACGCCAGGGUAACGAUGACGGGGUGGGAUCACGUCAUCGUCUGUGGGGACGCCGGUUGGCAUCCGAAAAGCACAACAAUAACAAAAAUGUGGGGAUCUUUAAAAAAAAAAAAGCCAGGAUGUGGCACCUUGAGGACUAGAAAGUUGUCAGUCAUGGCCCUCGUUGACAUUCGAAAGUUAUGUUUGUGUGAAUGUCCAAAGCGCCUUAGGACUGCACAUUCAUCCCACAACGCCCACCCAAACUUCAACAAGCAGAGUGAAAAGCCUUACGACUCAACACUUCCGCUACAUCAUCCUGCCCUGAAACAAACACACACACAUACAUGCACACAAACAAAAGUGGACAUCGCCGCGAACCACAAAACUAGGACUUGACUGAAGGACAUUUUGUUGUUGUUGUUGUUUUUGUAGACUUUGGUGGCGAAGGAAUGGAAUAAAAUAAAAGCUAAAUAAGGCUGCCAAAAAGGUCAAUGCCGAGGAGUGUUAGAGCCACACAGGAAUGAGAACCUAAAUAAAUCAAGUAGGGCUGCAAAUAACGCUUAUAUUAAUGAUCGGUGGAUUAAUCAGUCGGAUUUUUUUUUCUGACGUGUUUAAACUUCCUUUGACUAAGCUGUCAAUCGAUGAAUCGGAUAGAAAAAAGAAAAACACAUUUCCAUCCUUUCCUUGAAAAACAGGACAUUAUUUCAAAUUGACACUGCAGAAAACACCCAUUAACUAUUAUUCAGAUACUUAUUUGGUCCCUAACGACUUAGAAAAUAGGCAAAAAUGUUGGUCUUUGCUUUUCAAGGUAAAAUUAGAUGGAUGCAAAUGUUUCAUUUUCGUUCAGCACAAAGAGUAAGUCCGCUAUCAAGGACGACUACAGAAACUGGAUAUUUAUUGUUGAGAAGAUAAAAUUGCUCGCAUUUGAACAAUUUCUGAAUAAGAAAAAAUAUCAAAAUGAUUAAUUGUCAUAAAUAAUGAGGUAAAUUGUUCAUCAAUUAGUUGUUGCACCUCUAAAAUCAAGUCAAGGCAACACAGUUAAAAUGUGAUAAGGAUAAAAUACUUCCAGGGGAAAUCAUUGUCUUUUAAAGUUGUCAGAAUGUUGUCACCAUAAAUUCAUAAGUGUCUAAUAUAAAAUCUAACUAUUACCAGAAAACAUUUUGGACAUUUUUGAAAGAACCUUUUAAAUUUGGAUAGAAUAAGAAAAGUCACUGAAUUAAAGUCUCAAUAUUUAGAGGGAAAAAAAUCAUAAACGAGAAUCAGCCUCCAUUUAAAAUGGAAAAUCUUGUCUUGAACCAAAAGUAAAAAUUUCAAUAUUUCAAGCAUAAAGUGGUUAUGUAAGCAGAAAGUCAUAAUCUUUUCAUCAUAAAAUCGAAGUAUCACUGGGAAAAUAAGUUAUAUUUAACAUUUUACAAGCAAACACAUUCCGAGUUAACGAGAAUAAGAUUCCAGAAUUUUACUAGAGGACAAAAAAAAGGUCACUCUUGAGAAUCCAUUUUGAAUUUGAUGAAAUAGAUACAAUAACUAAAUCAGAAUUGUUCAAUCAUUACGCAACCAGAAACAAAUGAUCGUCAUAUUCUUCCAAGGAUAAAAUCUGACUGUUACUGGAAACUAAGUUGCAAUUUGGGAAUGAACUUGUCAUUUUUCAACAAGCUGUAAAUUGAGGAAAACUGUCCAAAAUCUUGACCACAAAAAAAUUAUUUUAUCAGAAUAAACUCUAAAUAUUACCAGAAAAAAAGACUUUUUACAUGAAUAUUGCAAAAAAAAGAGAACAUUACAUAUGAUUUUCUGAAUUUUCAGGUCAAAUGCUAACUUCUCUGGUAAUACCUGUGUUCUAAUUUUCUGACUUCUGAUCUUUUUUUUUCCUUUGUUUUCUUUUGAGUGUUGCGCUAAGACUCCUCGGGUGAAUGGUCCUCCAAUCACAGAAUCCUUCUGAUCACAUUGAUCAGUUUGGUCAAAAAGAUUUAAAAAAAAAAGUAGUAAAAUAAACUAGACUGAAGGGGGAAACGUGUUUUCCACUGCGACGACGCUCAAAAAAAGAUGUUCUAUUUGUUAUUGUGAAAAACAGUUUGUUUGUUUCGUUUUGUAUGGGCCACAUUUGAAGACGUGACAUUGCACAAAACGUGUCCGUUUGAUGUCGUGGGUAGAACUGCUACUGUUGUGGUGAUGAUGAUGCUAAUGAUGAUGAAGGUGAUGACAUAGUGUACAUUUUAGCUGGUGAUGUUCUCCUUCCCUCUAGUACGACUCACACUUGUAUGUCUUUUACAAAGACAAUUUGUGGAGUACGCAUCGCUCAUUUUUGUUUCUUUUUUUUGUAUUUUUAAUACAAUAAUUGUAAAUAUUGGUUCUAUUUUUGUUCAAAUGUAUUAUGUUUAUGCCUCAACAUCCAGUUUGUAUGAAGCUGGGAAUCAAUAAAUACUGCAUACAGAGUACAA